GCUCCCACGCCACCUUCGCUCGGACGGUCUAAAAUUUUCUCUCCGCGCACCUUCUCUCUCCUCCCACCGACUCCUUGGGCAAUGCCGCCGCGGCCCGCGCGCCCGCGCGGCCGCCGGCGUUGCUAGAUCCUUCCUCGACCCACGCCGCGCCGGGGAGCCUGCCCGCGGACCUUCCCGCGCAUCGAGACGACCAAUGCACGAGCGCGCCCGGCCAGGGCGCGGGAGACGACCGUGCGCGUGCCGCGUGGCACCGAUGCCGCCCCCCGGCGACGACCCCGACGCCGAGCCCUCCUGCAGCGGCUCCGACAGCAGCGAGCCGCAGGACCAUCAGCGCGCCGAGCGGGCGCUCUCCAACGGGGAUCUCUACCUGGGCCAGUGGCUCGCGGGCGCGCCCAGCGGCGACGGCAAGUACCUUUGGGCCGACGGCUGCAUGUACGAGGGCGAGUGGCGCCGCGGCAAGGCCACGGGGCGCGGGAGGUUCUCGUGGCCGUCGGGCGCCACCUACGAGGGCGAGUUCCUCGACGGCUUCAUGCACGGCGCCGGCACCUACGUCGGCGCCGCGGGGGACACCUACCGCGGCGCCUGGGCCAAGAACCUCGAGCACGGCGCCGGCGAGAAGCGGUACGCCAACGGAGACUCCUACGACGGCGAGUGGCGCGCGGGGCUCCCCGACGGCUGCGGCCGCUACACCUGGCGCGACGGCACCGAGUACGCCGGCGGCUGGCGCGCGGGCCUCAUACACGGCCGCGGCGCCCUGGUCUGGGCCAACGGAAACCGCUACGACGGUGGCUGGGAGGGUGGCCGCCCGCGCGGACAGGGCACGUUCCGGUGGUCCGACGGCAGCCUCUAUGUCGGCUUCUGGGGCCGCGAGGCGGCCGGCGGCGCCCUCCAACAGAAGGGCGUGUACUACCCGUCCCCGGGCGCGGCGGCGAGCGAUGCGAGGACGCGCGACCCAAGGGAGGUGUUCGCGAGAGAGCUGCCGGAAUGCGUGCGCUCAGGCACGGAGAGCCAGUCGGCGCUGCCGUCGCUCAGGUCGCUCAGAUGGCUGGCGCGCUCGGUCAGUGGGCGCGGGAGCUCGUCGUCCGGCCGGAGCAACCUCUCGGGUGGGAGCAAUUGGGGAUCAGAUGGAGACGUCAAGGUCGAAAUCACCGACGACUGGAAGCGUCGGAACAGUACGAGGGAAGGGAGGGGUCUGCCUCCCCCUUCGCCGGCGCCGCACAUUGCCAAGGGUGCAGCUGCGCCGCUGCGGAUAUCCAAGCGACAGGGGGAGACCAUUGCCAAGGGGCACAAGAACUACGAGCUUAUGCUCAACCUGCAGCUCGGCAUCAGGCAUGCAGUAGGAAGACAAGGUCAGGUCAUAUUAGAUCUGAAAUCAUCUGCAUUUGACCCAAAGGAAAAAGUAUGGACGAGAUUCCCCCCAGAAGGCUCGAAAUAUACCCCUCCACACAAUUCCAGCGAUUUCAAAUGGAAGGAUUACUGCCCAAAGGUGUUCCGGACACUGCGCAAGCUGUUCAAAGUUGAUCCAGCUGACUAUAUGCUAUCCCUCUGUGGAGAUGAUGCUCUUCGUGAGCUCUCAUCCCCUGGUAAGAGUGGAAGUUUCUUUUACUUGACAAACGAUGAUCGAUACAUGAUAAAGACAAUGAAGAAAUCUGAAGUAAAGAUGCUUCUGAAGAUGCUUCGUGCUUAUUACAGUCAUGUCCGUGCCUUUGAGAAUACCCUAGUGGCUAAGUUUUUUGGUCUACACUGUGUAAAGUUGGCUGGAGCAAACCAAAAGAAGGUUCGUUUUGUCAUAAUGGGGAACCUAUUCUGCUCCGAUCACACUAUUCAUAGGCGAUUUGAUCUCAAAGGAUCAUCUCUUGGCCGGACAACUGACAAGCCGCUGGCAGAGAUUGAUGAGUAUACAACUCUGAAAGAUCUUGAUCUUAACUUUAUCUUCCGGUUGCAAAAACAAUGGUUCGAAGAGUUCAAAAGGCAAGUGGACAAAGACUGUGAGUUUCUGGAGCAGGAGAAAAUUAUGGAUUACAGUCUCUUGGUGGGUGUACAUUUUAGAGGUGCCAUCGAUAUCGAUGGUGAAAAACCUGCAACACCUCGCCUUUCAAGAUGGGAUAGGAAUCACUUUCUUUCUGAUCCAAACAGGUGGUCUAAGAUUAAACUUGGGGCGAACAUGCUGUCAAGAGCAGAAAUGACAGUCCGAAAGAACGACAGUGAUGUUAUUGGAGAGCCAACCGGGGAGUACUGUGAUGUUAUAUUGUAUUUUGGCAUAAUAGACAUACUUCAAGACUACGAUAUCGGCAAAAAGAUUGAGCAUGCAUACAAAUCUUUCCAAUAUGACUCGACAUCCAUUUCAGCAGUAGAUCCAAGACAGUACUCCAGGCGCUUUAAAGAUUUCAUAUACAAAGCAUUUCAAGAAGACAGAGUAGACAGCUGAAAAGCAUAUUGAGACCUUCCAGCAGAUAAUGUUAGUCUUGAACGAGAAGAUACACUUUCCCUGGCCAAAGAUCUAGCUGAGCACACUGCAGCGCGGCAUUUCAUGUUUCAAACUUGGCGUUGUCGGUUGUCUGUGGCAGACUGGAUUGAUUUCAGCAGCUUCUGUAAAGAACAUCACGAUGACCGAGUUGCUGCAGAACCUUCUGAUCCUUGCCACUCAGGAACCGGAUUGGCUUUCAUGUAAAUAUGAGUAGCUACAUACAUACACAUGGAGUUCACUCACUAAUAUUUACAAGAGUAGAUGUAACUUACAGAUUGAAAUCACACAUAGAAGCUUGUAACCACAAGUGCACAUGACAUGUCAGGGGUUGUAAAUGCUCUUUUGCCUGAGGAUACCAUGGGCACCAAUCUUCUAACAAUCUUUGGAGGUGAAACCUUCGACCAUACUGUGAAGAAAUUCGUUCUCCAUUUUGUGCUACACUGCCUGGCUAAUAUGGGUUCAAAUUCCGUAAGCCUUUAAUGUUUGCUAUCCCCUUGUCUGAAGUACAAUGAUGUGCCCCUUUGA